AUGGAUAGGAGUUGGAUGUCUAUUAAGAACUACCUAGACCCCAAGUAUUUAGAUGGAGUUGAUGAAUUUAUUAAGUUUGCUUUUCUAGGCAAGGAUCCUAAUUGUAAACUGCCAUGUCCUUGCAAAGUAUGCAAUAAUUUUGAGGAUCAAACUAAGGAAGUCAUGACCAAUCACUUGUGUCGAGGAAUUGUUGAUAGUUAUACUAGGUGGAUAUUUCAUGGCGAAGGGUUUGAAUCUGAUGAUGAGAAUGAUGACAUAGAAAUAAAUGACAACGAUAGUGACUUUGACAGUAUGGAGGAGCUGUUAAAUGAUGUAGGAGUUGCUAACUUUGGUGAGAGUUGGAGACAUUCACCGGAACUUGAUACGGGUGCUUGUACCGAGAAAGAAGGAGAACCAAGUAGGUUUCUCAGAUUAUUAUCAGAGGCUGAAAAAUCUCUAUACCGGGCUGUGAAAACUUUGAUUCCCAGUUCAUAUUACGAGGCAAAAAAUUUCAUUCGUGAGUUGGGGCUGAAGUGUGAAAAGAUCCACGCCUGUGAAAAUGAUUGCGCACUUUUUUGGAAUGAAAAUAAAGGCCUUGAUCAUUGUCCAAAUGAAAAAUGUAAAGCACCGCGGUAUAAAUCUCCAAAUUCCAAAAUACCUAGAAAGGUGUUGCGUUAUUUUUCAUUAAAACCAAGGCUGCAAAGACUGUUUGUGAACGAAGAGAUUGCUCGGGAUAUGAGGUGGCAUAAGGAGAGACGUGUAGAUAAUGAGAACAUGAUGCGACACCCUGCUGAUUCAUUAGUUUGGAAGAAUUUUGAUAGAAAUCACAAGUCCUUCGCUGAAAAUCCUAGAAAUGUGAGGCUAGGACUUGCUAGCGAUGGCUUUAAUCCCAUUGGAACCAUGAGCAAUUCAUACAGUAUAUGGCCUGUUAUCCUUGUUCCUUACAAUCUACUUCCUUGGAAAUGCUUAAAAGAUCCAUUUUUUUUCCUAUCAAUGAUUAUUCCUGGUCCCAAAGCACCUAGAAAUGACAUUGACAUAUUCUUUAGACCACUAGUUGAUGAGUUAAAAGAGUUAUUUGCCACUGGUGUAGAGACAUAUGAUGCCUUUAGGGAGGAGAAGUUCAUGUUACGUGCAGCACUUUUGUGGACAAUAAACGAUUUUCCAGCAUAUGGCUAUUUGUCGGGAUGGAGUACAAAAGAGUACAAGGCAUGUCCUGUGUGCUUAGAUGAGACGACUAGUCUAUAUCUUAAUAAUGGUCACAAAUGUUGUUACAUGGGCCAUCGCCGUUUUCUGCCUAUUGAUCAUAAAUGGCGUCAAGAAAAAAAGCAAUUUAAUGGAGAAAGAGAACAUAGACAGCCUCCUAGGACCCUAUCAGGUGAGGAAGUCCUCCAACAACUUCUUCGUAUUGAGCAAGUUGAGUUUGGCAAGGCACCUGAUUUGUUGCAACAGAAGAAAAGAAAAUGCGUGCAGAACAGUUCAAAUUGGAAGAAGAUGAGCAUAUUCUUUGAACUUCCAUAUUGGAGUACCAAUAAAAUUAGACAUAAUUUGGAUAUUAUGCACAUUGUCAAGAAUGUAUGUGAAUCUUUGGUAGGUACAUUGAUGAAUAUCCUUUCGAGAACUAAGGACACAUGGCAGGCUAGGAAGGAUUUAAAAGAAAUGGGAUUAAGGGAAGAGUUGCAUCUACAACCGGGAGGUGGCGCAUCUAAAGUUAUGCCACCUGCAUGUUACACUUUAUCACGCCUAGAGAAAAAGAAUUUCUACCAGUUUUUGAGCACUAUCAAUUUCCCGGAUGGCUUUGCUUCAAACAUUCCUCGGUGUGUGAAGACCAAGGAGUGUCAACUUUUAGGAAUGAAGAGUCAUGACUACUAUGUGUUCAUACAACGACUUCUUCCACUAGCAACUAGAGGAAUGCUGUCAAAAGAUUCAUUUGAUAGAAUAUGUAACUAUUUCUACUACUACAAAUUUAGGGAGCAUAGACAAAUUCUUGAAAAGCAAAAUUUAUCGAGCGUACAGCAAAGGCUAGACUCGGAGUUUCCAAAGUGGUUUGAAGAACGUGUCAUGUAUACACAUGCACGUGGAGAAUGUACUGAUGAAUUGUUGUCCUUGGCUAGAGGACCUGAUUUUCGAGUCAAUACAUUUGCUGGCUGUAAUGUGAAUGGAUUUAGAUUCCACAUUAAGGCUCGGGAACGAGAAAGAAAGACACAAAAUAGUGGAGUUAUGGUAAAGGGGGAGCAUGCUGAUAAAGAAACAUACUUCUAUGGUAUAAUUACUGAUAUAGUUGAGGUUGAAUACUCAUUUACUCAAAAUCGAGUAGUUGUGUUUAAAUGUGAUUGGUGGGACUUGAGAAAUAAUUCGGGAAUCAAAGUAGACAAGCAGAGCAAUAUCACUAGCAUCAACAUGUCAAAAACAUGGUACUCAGACCAACCUUUUAUAUUAGCAUCCCAAGCUGAACAAGUUUUCUAUCUUCAAGAUACGAAGCUUGGAGGUAAUUGGCAUGUUGUAGAGUUAGUUAGUCCACGCUCAUCUUAUGAUGUUCCUGAGAAGCAUGAAGAUGAUUUGGUUGAUAACGAAGAGGCUUACCAAGAAUAG